CAUCGUCGGAAUGUCAGUAAUUUUCUAUUACGACAAAAAAAUAUGCAAUUCGUAUUUGCCGCCUUCACACCUCCCAUCGCGCCCAUCUUUCCCUACGUCAUCUGCUCAUAUUGUCAGUCACCGCCCCAUUUUUUCAUUUCAGUUAAUCGGCAGAAUUGUUGACGUUUAUAUUGACAGCUGCUUAGUUCGAAUUUCUUUGUUUGGAAGUUUUGUGUUAGUAACUUUUUUUUUACAAAUGACGCAUUUAUUCAAGUCGGAAAAAGUACAAUACCUAUGUACUUGUGGAUCUCUGAAACCUCUAUGUCGUACAUUUUUUUGUCGACAUUGCUUAGCCUUAAAGUGUGGAGACUGUGUGUUUCAUGAGGUUGAUAUUCUGUACUGUUCAAACUGUCUUGAAAAUGUUCCACCUGGUGAAGCACGAGUUAAAAAGAAUCAGUGUAGUGAAUGUUUUGAAUGCCCAGUGUGUGACCAACUCUUGCUUACAAGAGCCACAAAUAUCCAAGUCCCAAGCACAGAAGAUCCUUCUAAAUUGGUGCCCAAAAAAAUGUUUUAUCUUGUGUGUGGCUUUUGUCGUUGGACUACUAGAGAAGCUGGUUUGCCUGACCAACCAUCUGCAACUGGAAGUUGGCCUGACUCAGACAAUGCCAAUAGUGCAAGAGUUGCAGCACUUUUGGAACAUUACCGCAGUCUUGCUCAAUUGGAUAAAUUUGAAAAAGAACAAAAAAGACAACUAAAGCGACGUAGCAAUUACCUGAGCUUUACUGCUGAUAAGUACAGUCUUAGUGCAUUGGCUGCAAGGAAAAGAAGUGGAUUGCCUUUUUCAGGAUCCCUGGGAAUGAAGAAAGAAACACCUCAGAUCUACAAAGUAGAAUCUGCUGUGGCAUUUGAGGAAACUGAUGAUAUGUUAGAUCCUGAAAUUUUCACUAAGAUUCUAAAUUUAUCCUCUGUGACUACUAUUGAUCAGAGAAUUCGUCAGUCAGAACGUCAACCAGUCAAAUCUGAAGAUCUAAUUCCAAUUCAUAAGUUCCUUUCUGUAAGAAGAUCCCAACGAUGUCGAUUUUGUGAACAUAAUCUCAGCAAGCCAGAGUAUAAUCCAAGUUCCAUCAAAUUCAAGAUCCAUCUAGGAGCAUUCUAUCAUGUUCCUGAUGUAAUUAUCUUUCGCAAUUCACGUGACGACAUGCAACUACGGCUUUGCAACCGUAGCCAAUAUCCAACUCAUGUUCGUUUAUUGUCCCUGGAUCAAUUUUCGUCAGUUGCUCACUCAAAGAUAGAAGAACUAGAAAGUAGCUUUGGAGAGGCGGAGAAAGAAAAAAAAUCCUCCUCAUCUAUGGUUGGACAUGAACUCUGUGAAAGCCCUUCCACUCAAGCAGCUAACUUUAGAACUUGUCUAACGAAUGCCCUCAAAGAGAAAGUUAACGCUUUUUUUCAACUACCAAGUGAACAGAUUCUUCUUCCUGCUAGGGAUGAUUUAGCCGAAUACGAGCUGACAGCUCCGCAAAAUUUAAAAGAUGAUCCGAAGGCUGUCUUGUGGAGAAAGGGAAACAAAGUCGUCGUUUCCACACCUCUUACAGUCCUUGAUGACGAGCUGGAAGAAAAGCGCGCUGGUUUCGUUUUUGAAUUUGGAGCGGUGCGCGCUGGAUUUGAAACCAAAGAGGUUCAACCGCAACCAACGAAUGUUUACAUCCCCGUUUUCAUCUCACUGGGAAAAAUCUGAAAUCUCUGUCAACUGCUUGAUAAACAGUGAAGCACUAUUAUUAUUAGGUGAAGGUGUACGCUUUUUCCAAUAAAUUAUAUUACCAGAG